GGCUUUACUGGUUUUUUUUAGUGCGCAUGUGCCCCAAAAUGAGAAUGUUGAGCAAAACAGACUAGAAAAAAAGCACUGGCAUUAUUUAUUGAAAGUUGCUAGCUAAUUCUCUCACCUCGCAAUAUUAGCUAGCUAACAUUUUAAAAUCCAAAUUGUAAAACAUGACGGAGCCUCAGGCAGCACUGUUACUCAGGAGACAGCUGGCAGAGCUGAAUAAGAACCCAGUGGAAGGAUUCUCAGCAGGCUUGAUAGACGAUAAUGACCUCUACAGAUGGGAAGUCUUAAUCAUCGGCCCACCAGACACAUGCUAUGAAGGCGGUGUGUUUAAAGCACAUCUCACGUUUCCCAAGGACUACCCUCUCAGGCCCCCUAAAAUGAAAUUUAUCACAGAUUUAUGGCACCCUAAUGUUGACAAGAACGGGGACGUAUGUAUAUCUAUUUUGCACGAGCCUGGUGAAGAUAAGUAUGGCUAUGAGAAGCCUGAGGAGCGCUGGCUGCCCAUCCACACAGUGGAAACCAUUAUGAUUAGUGUUAUUUCCAUGUUGGCGGACCCUAACGGAGACUCUCCUGCCAAUGUAGACGCUGCAAAAGAGUGGAGGGAAGACCGACAUGGGGAGUUCAAAAGGAAAGUGGCCCGUUGUGUAAGAAAGAGCCAAGAGACUGCCUUUGAGUGAUUACUUAUCAAGAGGCAUCUUGCUUCACUUUUUCAGGGUCUCCAAUUGAGAAACAACAAAGCUAUGUUUUCCUGCACUCUACCACCCUAUUGCAUGGCUGGUCUUCAUUGACUGUCAGAAACCGUCUGGCAACAAUAGGCUGCAAUAGAACAUAACAGCUGUUACCAGAUCCUGACUGAAAACCGCCAAGCAAGUGCCAACAACAAAGCAAAAGAUGAAUAACCAAGUUUUUUUUUAAAAGUCUAUGAACUGGAUUUCAGGAAGAUAUUGUAAAGACCUGUAUAUAGCACAGACAUAAAACUGGAUAAUAUAUCAAUUGUCCCUAUCCCAUCCAGCAAGACACUUAGUACCAAAUAAAUAGUGUUUCUGUAGGUAGAAUCUGAGUCCUAUAGAUUCGUAUGUUUUUAUUCCACUUCUUCAACAUCUGCUCUAGUGUGCAUGAGUUCAGUUCUGUUACAGGUUGCUUUACGAACAGGAGGCCUUGUAGGGAGCAGAAUGGUAAGAAUGCAAUGCUGUUGUAGAAUCCCUCUAUUGGAGGAGAGCUGCUUUGGUUCUAGAAUGACCGAAAUAUCAGGCCGGAUUUGCAUUUAUGGCAGAUGGACAUAAGGGUGCAUUACACAUACUGUAGCUUGCUUGUCAUGUUGGGUUCAUUCACCUCAGCACUUCAGGAAAAGUUGCUGUAAGUCAACAUUUAACAUAUGAUCCAAUUUGUCAAGUUCAGGUGUGUUUCUUCGGAGAUGGACAUAACCAUUACAAGUCAUGCAUGCACAAAUUGAAGUCAUACGUGUAAGUUUUUAAUUAUAAUUUUUUUCUCAAAAAAGUGCCUCCUAUUAAAUUGCUUGGCAAUUGCCCCCUGUAUUGAACCAGAGUUUCAGAAAAAUAUGAGAAAUUGCUUAACACCCUGUAAGUUUGUACAACAUCAGCACAAUGUGUAAUUCAAAUAUUGGUUAAAUUUGGUUUUGCAAUAACUUUCCCCUCUGUGUGGUAAACCGACUUAUUUAUAAAAAUAAAAAAAAAUCUGAUUAGGGUGAUGUGGAGACCUAUUUCUCUUGUAUUCACCAUGAUAAAGGAGAUAAAUUGUGUUGUGUCCUAGGUAGGAUUUGUUAUGCAUGCUUUUAACUUGAGGUUUUCUUGCUGGUAGUUUUGGGGUUUUGAUUUAAAAUGUGUGAAAGAGUGUGUGCCCGUGCCCUUUUUUCUUUACCCUCUAUUCCCCUGAUCCCUGAUUUUUCCCAUGGUUUAUUAUUUUAUUCUGUCUGAUGGACUAUUGCAGUUUACUUGCCUAAUGUACAAAGACAAAAUACUUAUGUAUAUUUUCUGUGUUAUGUAGUGAGUUCUUCUAAAAUAAGAUCUAUGUUCCCAAUAA